UGUUAAUCACGUGUUGUCAGAAGCAUGAAAAUUUUGUAUGAGAGCAGGUAAAAUCUCUUCCCACUGAAAUAAAUCUGAGGGAUUGGUGUGAUUGAGCGCCACAGCUCUUGCGAAAGAGGAAGUCAUGUGAUAUUGACUGAUCCAUUUUAUUUAAGAAUGACUUCAAAUCUGAAAAAACUCUGCUCAAAGGCAUCCAUGUCACUGGCUCUUCUCUGCAUGUGCAUCUCGGUUUUCGAAGUGAGUACAUUUUCAUUAACAAACUGUACCGUUUCUGGUGCUCUGAAUUCCAUGCAGAACCUGAAAGUUUUUUGCUACAAGAUGGGCUUCCGUACAGUUCCGUCACCCAUACCCAGGAAGGUCAGAUAUCUAGACAUCUCCUUCAACUUAAUUUCAAACAUCAAAGUUGAAGAUUUCGAGGACCUGUGGAACUUAAGAUAUCUCAACCUAUCUAACAGCAACGUCUCAUGGAUACAAGAAGGUACGGCUGAGCAUUUUCCCAACUUGAUCAACUUCAAUCUGGCCAACAAUAAGUUGAAAAGAGUGUCGGAGGGGCUACUGAAUGGUCUGGUCAACCUGCAAGUGUUGCGUCUUGAUGGAAAUCGAAUUGAAAGCAUCGACACGUAUGCUUUUGACAGUCUACAGAAAAUUAAGGUGCUGAACCUUUCGAAAAAUAACCUCCAACAGAUUGCAAACGUUAAACCGGUGCUUUUGUCAGCCGGGUUGGAGGAACUGUUCAUCGGAAAAAACAACUUGGACGUUUUUACCUCGUCCGACCUGUCAAGGACAGCCUUGUCACUGAAAAAAAUAGUUUUCUCACAGAAUCCCUUGACCAAGUUCGAAAUAAGUGAAAACAUAUUCCCAAAUCUAACAUUUCUUGAUAUAUCGCAUUGUGGCCAAAACAGGAGAAUGCUAUGGAAUAUUACAGAUAAGGCUUUUUUGAAUUCAGUAACAGCACUGAAUUUGACCGCAGUGCAGAUUCCUGAGGAGAGCAUCACCACUGUGCUUCACAACACCUCCUGGGAUUCCUUGAAUAAACUCAGAAUAAGUGAAUUGAAAUGGAUAAAGGCAGAGACUCUUACACAGUACGCAUGCUUGCCUGGGCUCAAGGUGCUUCGUCUGCAGCGCAACAAAAUCUCCAAUGUGACAGCUCAAAUGCUCGCUCCAUGCUCGAACUUGACAGAGCUGGACUUUGGAGAUAACGAAAUAUCUCAGAUUUCUGCACUCAAAGAAUUAACACAGCUGAGAGUUCUCCACCUACAAAUAAAUAAACUGACCAAAGUGGAAAAUGCGUUCCGGGAUCUUCCGAUGCUUGAAUUUUUAGACCUCAGUAGAAACAGGAUUAGCACGCUAACCUGUUCAGAUUUUGCCAAUUUGACGCAAUUGAUUUCGCUGUAUUUGUACAGCAACACAAUUUCCAAACUUCCUCCAUGCAUAUUCAAAGAUUUGAAUAAUCUGGAAAAUUUAAGGCUGGGGUCGAAUAAAAUAUUGACACUAGGCAUGGCUUUUAAAAACAAACUUCCUUCUUUGAAGGUUUUGCAAUUGACUUAUAAUAAGUUAAGCAAAAUUUACAAAAAGAGCUUCAGUGGUUUGUCUAAUCUAAGGACCCUCGACCUUGGAGACAACCAGAUCUUUGAGAUUGAAGCAUAUGCAUUUUCAGAACUGCAGAAUCUAACUGAGUUAAAGCUUUCCUCAAAUAGGAUCACUGACAAAACUAUAAGAGACCCAGCAGUGUUCUCGGGAAUGCCUAAUCUUAAAUCACUAGAACUAUACAGCAACGUCAUUUCCUUUGUUGAAGAUGUGCUACAAAUGCCCCCUUUUGGAAAUUUAGGUUCACUGGAGAUUUUGACAAUUCAUAGUCAAAGACGAGGGAUUGAAAAAAUGCCCUCAAACCUGCUUCAAGGUUUAACCUCACUGAAAAUGUUUUACGGUGGAAGCAUGAAUCUGAAUUAUCUCCAUCCUGAUACGUUCACAUCCACUCCGAAACUCUGGUUUCUGGAACUCUCGAAGAACGCGUUCGCAGACGACGGAUCCAUAACCGCAGAGGUUUUCCAUCCGAUCCCAAAGCUAUCCAAGCUUAUCAUCUCCAGAUCUCAGAUUCAUUCUCUGAAUUUCUUAAUCAAUGCAAACCUCACCAGGCUGUCGGUCUUGAGAGCAUCUGAGAAUACCCUAGAUGUCAUCAACCAGACGUUGAUUCAGUCUCUCCCUCGGCUGAAAUUCUUUGACUUGAAGAAAAACACUUUCACUUGUGACUGCAACAAUUGGUUUUUUAUUAACUGGGCUCUGCAAAGUAACUACACUCAGGUUAUUUACCUGAACACAUAUACCUGCAGCUACCCACUGUCACUGAGAAGCAAAAGUAUUUUAGACCUUAAUACAGAAUCAUGUAACGUGAACCUAGACUUCAUCAUGUUUCUGUGCAGCUUAAUCGUUGUGAUGCUUACCCUUCUGGUCUCAUUCGUUUAUCAGUUCUUGCACUGGCAUGUUUUAUAUGCGUACUACCUAUUCAUCGCCUUCCUGUACGACAGCAAAAAGAAACAGCAACACGGAUUCACAUACGAUGCCUUCAUUUCCUACAAUGCCCAAGAUGAACCUUGGGUUGUAAAAGAGCUGCUCCCUAAUUUGGAAGAUGAGCAGGGUUGGAGACUUUGUCUUCAUCAUAGGGACUUUGAGCCAGGAAGAUCCAUCAUAGACAACAUAAUGGACGGAAUAUACAGCAGCCGUAAGACCAUUUGCUUGAUCACGUAUAAUUAUUUAAAGAGCACUUGGUGUUCCAAAGAAAUCCAGAUGGCUAACUUCAGACUAUUCGAUGAGCAGAAAGAUGUCUUAAUCCUCAUUUUCCUGGAGGACAUUCCUACCCACCAGCUGUCUCCGUAUUAUCGGAUACGUAAGCUGGUAAAGAAGAAGACUUAUCUUAAAUGGCCUAAACGUGGAGAAGACACGAGGGUCUUCUGGCAGAAACUCAGAAUGGCUUUAGAAACGAAAGAAGGUCCAGAAGAGGAGAAAGCUCUUCUCAGUGGACAAGAGGGAUAACAUUUUGAAGAAAACUCUAUAGUUCAUCAUUUAUGCAUUGUCUUAUUUUUUUGUUCCAUGAAUUAAAUUUAACUUCAUUGCUUUCCAUUUUCAAACACUGUCUCAUUGUUUUAGAUAUAAAGGAAUGGUGAUUAAAGCAGUGACAAAAUACAGGAACCAUGUCAGCAGCUCCUCUACAUCUGACCUUUGCACCUAAAGUGGGCACAGUACGUGCUGACUUAGUACUCAUUAUUCAGAGUAGUGCUGAACGUCACGUUUCUGUGGCUUCUGUCUCCACUUUGUCCCCUUCUGUACCCCCAGCAGGAGUCCUGCCCUAUGCACAGGAGACUGUUAUGACCUCAUACUCUUUAUAGAGAACAGCCGAGGUGAGCUGUGAGCUUUUAUGGAAAAAUAUCCAACAGCUGGGUUGGAGAUGUAAAGCAGAAUUACUCAAAUACGUAUAAAUAAUCCUGAAGACUUUUUCUUCUGAUUGUACAGAAAACCCCAUGUAACCCCAUGUCCCAUCUUACUUACCUCGAUCCUGUCAUGAGAAAAGCCACUGACGGUUAUAUAGCAUUAGAAGAAUAAACACACACACACACACACACACACACACACUGAG